AUGAUUACACCUAUUUUUAAAUAAAUACAUCCUGUUGAUCUAAAAUUUGCCACAGCGAAUAAAGAUAUUGAUGAAUUUUAUGUUAUUCCAACACCUUUUGCUUAUAAUGAUUUAUAUUUCUAGAUGGAAUGUAAUUAUUGGACCACUUAUGGUUUAAUUAAAGGAAUUUUGGAAUUUAAUAAAACUAAAAUGUAUGGUCUAUAGAAAUAAAAGAUAGUUCAUUGCAAAUAAUGAGGAUGUGAUUGAAACUUUGGUUAGAACAACUACAAAAUAAUAAAAAGAUAUUAAUGAUGAAACAAUUCAAAAGUUUUCAUUUACGAUUUUUUUAGAAGAUAUCUAUUCAAUUAACAAUAGAGAUAAUUGGAUUUAAUUCUAUCUAUUUGGUAAAAGUGGAAUAGAUUUACCAAUUUUAGAUCAUGAAAAUAAACCAUCUGUUUUAUCUUUAACUUUAUUGUUAAAUUAGAUUUGUAAUGAAUAGAUUAUUUAGUAAAUAAGACAAUUAACUAAAAAUCAAAGAAUAUUAUCUAAAUUAUAGAGUGAUUAAGUUUAUUAUUUAAUGACUUAUAUUUUAAAAUUGACUCGUUAUUAAACAAAUAAAAAAACAUUUCAAAAAAUUAUUCAUGGAUAUUAACAUCAUAAAUAAAAAAAUAAUUAAAUGGAAUGUUUAUCAUAAGUGUCAUAUUAUGAUAUAAUAUCAAUAUAGAAAUUAGAUAUAGAACAUAAAUUCGAUUUAUAUUAGAUUCGAUAUACUAAUUUAAAUAAGCCAAGUAGUAUUAUUUCUUAAUCUCAUUUUGAGUAGAUAUAAAAUAAUUUACCAUAAAAUGUUAUAGAUAAUCAAUGGUAUUAAGUAUAUAAGUAAGAGUAUUUUAAAUAUAAUAUUAGUCCAAAAUAUCAUGGUAAUUCUUUUUACGAAUUUUUAAGAAGAACAAAAAAUUUGAAAGAACAUAUAUUGAUUGUAAAAGAUAAUUGGGAUGUAAUUUUUGGAGCUUACUUAGAAGAAGGUUGGCAUAUUGAUUAGAAUUAUUAUGGAAAUGAAUAGAGCUUUUUAUUUAGUUUUAAAAAUACUGGAUUUAGAAUUUAUAAAAAUAGCAAAAUGAAUGAAUGUUAUUAAUUAUGCAAUGAAGAUAGUAUUAUAAUAGGAGGUUCUGAACAAGAAGAUUAAUUUUCUAUUAAAAUCAAUUAAAAUUUUAUGAAAGGUGAACUAAAUAGUAGUUCAACAUUUAGUAAUGAACUACUUUCGAAGCAAAAUAAAUUUAACAUUUAGGAAUUUGAAAUUUGGGGAGUUCAAAAUGAUUGUGAAUUAAUAAUGAGACAAUUACGUUUAGAAAGUUAUCUGAAGAUUGAAGAAGAACAAUGA